UGCAUAAAAUAAGGUCUGUGUCCUUUUCUUAUAGCCAUGAUACCCUUCGCAAGGCUGCGAAACUUUUUGCAGUGAGCAUAGCCGCAAUGGUUUAUGAGAAAGUCAUCGCAUCAAUGCUAUCUGCGUUGCGAAGGCAAGAGUUAUAAUGUGAGAGUACGGCUUAUUUGCAAAUCUAUUAUUUUGCAUAACCGUGAAUAGAUGUUUGAUCUUAAACCACCAAGAGUGAAAUAUGUCAGAUACUGACACAUCCGAUUCUGACUCAGGGAUACGUUUCAAAACUACUAGUACACGAUACAAACCUAAAAACACCAGCAAAUGUUCAGUAUCUACGUUGUCAAAACAUUCAAGAAGUCCUCACGGUCACCGUAGCCGUUCACUUGGUGAUCGAGAACGUGACAGAGAUGAUCGACAAAAGAAACGGAAAAGUAGACAUAGAAGUCGAAGUAGAGAAAAUCGUCAACAAACUAAAGCAGAUAUACCACGGAAUAGAUCUAGGUCAAGGUCCAAAACAAAACAAAACCGUAGCAGACGAGAGGAGAAAUCAAGCCUCAAAACAGUACCAAAUAUGAUACAUAAAAAUCAAGAACUCAGAUCAUCAAUGAAACAAUCCGAUACCGUAAAACAAACGGAUUCCGGCGUGUCCAUUUUAUCACUGUUGUCGCAGGAGCAUCACUUAGAAAAAAAUGAUCUAUCUGACAUUUGUUUUGGGCCUGCUCUUCCACCUGCGUUGCUCAAUAAAGAAUGUAUCACAAGAGAUAAGAAUACAGAUGACGACAGACCAGCGCAUUCGCAACUUUAUUCAGCUGAAGUCAGAGAAAACUCACAAUCGGAUAAAUUUAAUAUUAUUGGUCCGGUAUUACCAGCUCAUUUGAAGAUAAAUACAGCUUCUGAAAAUUCUGAAUCGGAUCUAUCACCUUUCUCAGAGGAAGAAACACAUGACGAGGAUGAUAUUAUAGGUCCUAUGCCAGGAACAUCUAACUCUAAAUCUAACGUGGAAUUGGAGCAACGUGCGCUGGAGUUAAAACUUAAACGCCUUGAUGAACCAACAGAUCAACCUAUCACAACACGUGAAGACUGGAUGCUACAGUUGCCAGAUAUUCGAAAGGUUAGUGAUAUGGGUCUGGGAGCAAGACAAUUUAGAACCCGUGAAAAGCUAGAAAUUGGUGACCGGUCAGUUUGGACAGACACCCCCAAUGAUAAAGAACGUAAAAAACUAAGUCAUGGCUCAUCAAAAAAUGCUGUUUGCAUGCACGAAGACCAAACACGCCGGAAAACUGCUGAGCGUGAUAAACAGCAAGAAGAAAUGAUCAAAAAGCAUAAAAAACAUAAACGUGAUAAAUCACUGUUGGAUACUCAUCAGCAGAAACUAGAGAAAACAAAGAAAAAGCAAAACAAUUCGGAGGCAGUACGAAGGCCUUUUGACCGUAACAUCGAUUUGCAUGCUAAUCGUUUCGAUGAAGCACAAAAGAAAGCCAUUUUCAAAAAAGCAAAGUUGCUUGAAACACGUUUUUCAAGCGGAGCAUCAAAAUUUUUGUAGACAAUUUUUUUGUUCAAUUGAAUUUUUAAAUAUUUCUACGUUAUUUAAGGUUAAGGUUUUUAAUACAGCCUGUUUGAACUUACAGUAAGACUUGAACAACCUCAGAUGAAUCCACUUCUCUCGUUUAAGUUUUUAGUGAUGAUAUCUAUCUAUAUAGUGAUACAUACAUUUAAUUGUAGUUAGAUUUUCAAUGUUAUUUUUGUAAACCCACGCAAUUGAAAUGGUUGUGUUAGAUUUUGGUCGAAUCGAUGGGGCGGGCAAAUACUAACAGAUGCAAUACUGAAACUCACCUAAAAAACAAUCAUUUCAAAUUUCCAACUCCGUAGUCUCAUGAAUUUUUGUGGUACCAAAUUUGUAAUAUGCAGGUACACUAGUACUGCUGUCGAAAUAAAAGAAGUGGCGUGGAAA